CGUAGUCGCGAAAUUGUCACGUGGAUGUACCAGGAAGAGCUGGACAAUGCCUGGAACAAUGAGAGCUCUUCCCGUCCUGUGGUUCUUCGUAUGAAAUAUAACUGUUAGCUGUGUUGAGUCUGUUAAUCCUCAACUAUGUCGCUUAUAUGUUAUCAAAUCAGCUGUCUUAGUCAAAACCAGAUAUAAUUAUUUUUACAAUCGUGGCCCCAAAAUGGCCAGUUUCAGCGUCGCCUUCUAGCGUGAUGAGUAUUAAUUGACCAGGGUGGUGGCACGCUAACGACAGCUGGACAGCUAUCAAACUUUUGGGUCUCAAGUGCGUUUUUCAACAGAAUGCCAUGGGAAACUGCUGGAGUCAGUGCUAUGGGAUGUUCAGGAGGGAAGCUAACAGGAUCCAGCGUGGAGGGGGGUCCAAGUAUUUCAGAAGCACCACCACUGGAGAGCAUUACACUAUAGAGUUUGAAAACUUGGUGGAGAGCGAUGAGGGGGAGACUCCUGGGAGCAGUCCAAGGCCAGUCAGCGAAGAGGAGAUCAACCACCUGAGGGAACAGCGCUACGCAGCCAUUAGCGCCAAACAGGCGCUCAUCGACCAGAACCUGCAAGCCGAGCUGGAGGCGCGAGAGGAGGCGCUGCGGCGGGAAGAGGAGGCGGAGUACGCCGCCCAGCGGGAGGCGGCCAGGGCCGCGCGGGAGCGAAUGCACGCAGAGAAGCAGGCAGUGGAGGCCAAGGCAGAAGAUGGACGUGGAAGUGGACACCAGAAGACGUUGGCCGCGGGAGAGGACUUUGAGACCCACGCGUCCAACGCGAAGACCCAGGCGGGGGGGGCGUCCCGGAGCAGCCGGGUUUCCUCGGAGACCAACGUGGCCACUCCCAACACUGAGAGCAGCUAUGAUGUCACCAGCAAGACUCGCUCCACCAAUGAGGAUGGGACCUCGCUUGACCUAGAGUGGGAGGAUGAAGAAGGCAUGUCGGUGGCGGUGCUGGUUCCCGAGCGGUCGCGGACGGAGGAGGACAUCCUGAAGGCGGCGGCCGGGAGGCGGGGCACGAGGGGCAGCUGCCCAGCCUCCGCCUCCGAGGACUCCAACGCCCUGGAGUGGGAGAACGACUUCGUCAGCGCCCACGGCGACGACUUCGAGUGCGACGGCUUCGUCAACCCCCUCGCGGACACGCCCUCCGAGGUCACCACGGAAACCUCCAUCUCCGACAAGCAGGACAGAUAGUGCCGGAGGGUGGUGGUGGGGGGUUUAAUCCAAAAUACAGACCCGAACGUUUGUCUUGUGUUAUUAGACAAAACUUUUACCAACCUGCUAAUCAGAAGCUAAACAUUAUGAGUAAUUUUUAUGAACUGAGGGCUGUUUUGACUGCUAAUUCUAGCCAGUCACUCCGCUCUCUGUGCUGUAUUUGGUACUGAUUUGUUGGUGGGCGAAUUAUACAUUUAAUUCAAUCCACACACUAAUAAUAUUAACAGCUGUGUUUGAAUGUAAUGGGCAAAUAAUGCUGAUCCCCAAAAAAUCUGACGUGUGGAAGAUGUCUCUUUCGAUUGGCCGGUGGGUCAAAGUUUCAGUUCUGUCCGAUUCUUAGACUCGGAAGACUCCUGAUGGACACAGUUUUCAUGUUUUUUACAUUCUUGCUGGAUUUGGCCUUAGUUUGGGCCAGUAGGGUCCUCUUUAUUCUGCCUUUGCUGUCUAUAAACGGAACAUAAUUUUCUGUGUAGACAGGAUAAGUGCAAUUUACAAAGUGCUCUGAUCAGCUGUGUGUGUGUGUGUUUGUUUGUAUGUAGGGGUGAUGCGAGCCUUCCUGAGAUAGGCUAACACACAGUGUACAGAAUUACAACUCUCUUCUGUCUCAUAGUUUUGAUUCUUUAUACUUCAGUUAAUUCAGGGAAACGUACUGUUUGUACAGUACAUCUGUUUGACUGAUAUUGACUGAUAUAUUUACCAUUGUCGCGGUUCCCUCUAGUUUGCAAUCAUGGAUUACGUUCACUGUAAAUACUUGCACGGUGUUAAAGUAGGAGUUAGGCUGAGUGGCUGCAUUUUGCUUUUUUAAAUCAACAUUCCAGAGUUUUAAUAUAUUAACCGAGGAGUCCCCAAAUCUGGUUCUGGUGAGCCACAGGGUCUUCUUGGGUCCCCAAGCCUGGUCCCGCACAGGGUCUUCUUGGGUCCCCAACCCUGGUCCCGGAGAGCCGCCGGGUCUUUUGGGGCCCCCAACCCUGGUCCUGAAGAGCCGCAGGGUCUUUUGGGGUCCCCAGCCCUGGUCCUGGAGAGCCGCAGGGUCCGCUGGUUUUAUAGUCAUGGUUAUGGUCAGUCACGAGUCUUUCUUUUCGGGCUCCCGUCUCUCACCGAUUUCGGAAGGGCGGUGCGAAACUGGCGAGCGCCUGUGAACACUGGCGGGUGUGUGUGAGCGCGUGCCGCCUUGUUCUUCGCUCUUCGUCGCAGUGCUCGUCUUCACCCGUCUCUGCCUGUGUGUGCGCGUGUUUUCUACCGUGCCUGUUUUAGACGCUUAUUCUGAGACGUUUGUUUAAUGUUGGACACUGCACUUUUUCUUGUGUUUAUCAACACUUUCCUCUGUCGUUUUCACUCUCUCUCUCUCUCUCUCUCUCUCUCUCUCUCUCUCCCCCUCUCCCUCCCCUCCCAGCACUCUGCUUGUUUAUUUUUCCAAUUUUCAUCCCUCCCCCCGGUCCUGUCGUUACUGUCCACAGUUGCAGCACGUUGCGGUUUCAGCAUUGGGCAAUGCGUUUCUGCAGUUCCUUCACGCACCUAACCCCCCCACCCCCACCCCCGCAUACCGGAUUGCUGCUGUCAUUUCGUUUGACGCAUUCCUGAUUGUAACCUUGUUGCAUGCCAUGCGACGCCAUGCGGCGGCGUUAGGGUGAGGCAUGCAGGCCCCGCGCGUGUCUCCAGAGCGCGUGUGCGGCGAUGCGCCACACGGUGGUCUGCCUUUGGCGGUGCAGACGUUCCCUCUGAUCUCUUUAGGGCGACUGCACUCAUAAAACAUUAACAGCAACAACACUGGAGCAGCCACUGAACAGGCUGCGCUGGGCUCCUCGCCCUCUAGUGGUGAGAGUCCGUUACUGCGGGAUCCUUUUCUUUGCUGGCCUGGUCACCCUCUGGUGCAGGGGACACUCAAAUCUGGACCUCGAGGAGAGUUACACUGCUUUUUUUCCUUCCCCUUCAUUCCCCUUCACCUGGGACACCAAGUGAGUUAGAUUUAUUGGCCAGUCAAUUAAUUAAUCCAUCAAUUGACUAUCCGAUAGAAAAGGAAAACCAGCAGCACUACUGACCUCGAGGGCCAGGUUUGAGUAUCCAUGCCCUAGUGUCUAAGGCUUUAGAAGAGGAAGCCAGAUCAGUUACUGAGUGAGUUCGUGAGAGAGGAUCGCUGCUGUUUUUGAGGCUGCUAUUAAACAUAAGACAAAUUCCCCUGGGACACAACCUAUGCAUCCAAACUGUGCACCAGUUGACCAAAGAAGUGCUGGCUGUGUGACGUGUGUAGCUCUAUAGUAACGUGAACUCUCCGCCCCUUUGCUUCAUAUCUUUCAACAAUUCUUGGAUAUUUUAUGCAAGACCUUUUUUUUAAACUUUGUUUUUUUUAAUUUGAAUAAUAUAUUCAAAUGCGGGACACGAUCCAGCUGGGCCUGUGUGAGUAGCCGUGACAACGGGGGGUGACUUGCAUGAGGUGGGGCGGAGCAGGAGGAAGGCCGAACGACGGAGGCGCACAGGUGUGAGCCUGCUUUUUUUCGGGGCGCUUUUCGAGAGAGGCGCGCUCCCACCGCGAAAGGGCGCGUUUAAGGAUCACAACCUUCUUUUCUGAAAAAAAAAACCAGUUUCUCAAUCGCACAGAGAAAAGACACGUACUGUACUUGGAUGUUUUCUUCAGGAAAACUUUGCUUUGGCUCAUCUUCAAGAUGAAAAGUGUUUUUUUUUUUUUUUUUGCUUAGUUAAGCAUUCUGUGAGGUUUUGGUUGUUGAAGUCUGACACAAAUAAAAUUGAAUGGGGAGGAAAAAAUGAACUGUCCUUUUAUUAUGCGACUGUCCAAUGCGCAUGUAUGUUACAUACACUAUAUGACCAAAAGUGUCUGGACACCCCUUGGUCUUGGGCUGUUUUUCAUGACUUGGGCUAGGCCCCUUUGAUCCAGUUAAAAGCAAAUCUUAAUGCUACAGCAUACAAUCACAUUCUAGAUGGUUCUGUGCUUCCCAAACAGUUUGGGGGAGGCCCUUUCCUGUUUUAGCAUGACAAUGCCCCCGGGCACACAGCGAAUGGGAAUGGUUUUGUCGAGAACGGUGUGGAAGCACUUGACUGGCAUGCACAGAGCCCUAACCUCAACCCCAUCCAACAUCUAGUAUAAAACCUUCCCAGAAGAGUGGAAGUUGUUACAGCAGCAAAGGGUGGACUAACUCCAUAUCAUUGCCCAUAAUUUUGGAUGAGAUGUUGGAUGUCACAUGUCCACAUACUUUUGGCCAUGUAGUGUACAAUGAUUUAUUUUUCCCAGUUCAGAGGAAUCUGAAAUCUACCCAUGAAAGACAAAAGAAUGGAAUUCAGAAUAUUUCUUAAAAACAUAACCUUUAUUUAACUAUUCUUUAAUUUGUGCAGAUAUGGAUACAGUAUUUUUUUUCAAAGUCAUUUGCAAUAUAAAAUGUUAAAACAGGAUCCAUUUCCAAUCAAAUUAUUUCUUCUUCAAACAAAACCAGAUGACAAAAAAUGCAGCAUGGAGACAGGACAGUUUACAUUUGAAAGAUUCUCUGAUAUGGUGACGUGAACCCGAAGGAGAUUAGAACAGUCCAUGGAAUGCUUUGGCCAACAAGGCUUUCUUGCACAAUGAAAUAUGCCCUCAAAAUCAGUUUAGUUUGGGCUGUAUUUAGUCAAAACGUAACUUAACAUUGACUUAUGCUUAAAUUUAAAUGUAAUGUUUUUUCUAUUU